GAAGUGUGAUAGUGUGGUUUACAUUUGAGUCUUAAAGAUCAUUUAUAGGAGCUAAAUAGCACAAAAUAGAGAGAAUGGAUUCAAGACAUGAAGGGUAUCAUGUGAAGAGAGAGGUUAUUAAUGAACAGAGGCUGAAAGAGCGAUCUCAGAGAAUGAACCCUUCCCAGAUCAACCUUCCUAUCUCCCAUCGGCUGAAGACAUCAUUCAGCUGCUCUGUACCCAGAAUCAAACGAAGCAUAGUUGGUUUCUUGCCUGUUCUGUCCUGGUUGCCCCGUUACUCCAUCUGGGAUUAUGGGAUGCCAGAUCUCAUCUCUGGCAUCAGUGUUGGGAUUAUGCAUCUUCCACAAGGAAUGGCAUAUGCUUUGCUGGCCUCACUGCCUCCAGUAUUUGGACUCUACACAUCCCUCUAUCCUUCAUUAAUUUAUUUUAUUUUUGGGACUUCUAGACACAUCUCUGUAGGCACAUUUACUAUCCUCAGUAUUAUGAUUGGUAGUGUGACUGAGAGACUGGCCCCUGAUACAGAUUUUCUCAUUUACAAUGGGACUAAUGUGACUGGGGAGGUGGAUAUUGCAUCUAGAGAUUUGUACAGGGUACAAGUUGCAGCUGCUGCCACUGUACUGGGAGGUCUCAUUCAGGUUGUAUUAGGCUUGGUGCAGUUUGGAUUUGUUGGUACGUAUCUCUCAGAGCCUCUGGUUAGAGGUUAUACCACAGCUGCCUCUGCUCAUGCCGUAGUGGCCCAGUUGAAGUACAUACUUGGAGUCUCACCCAAGCGCUUCAAUGGACCUCUGUCUAUUGUCUACACUCUUGUAGACUUAUUCACACUCUUGCCAGAAACUCACCUCCCAACUCUUGUGGCCAGUGUUGUGUCCAUCGUGGUUCUUAUCACAGCCAAGGAGCUUAACAAUGCACUUAAGAAAAAAAUGAUUAUACCCAUACCAGUGGAGCUCUGCACUAUUGUAGUGGCGACAGUUAUAUCGUUCUAUACUCGGCUGAAUGAGAGCUAUAAGAUAUCAGUCGUUGGCGACAUCCCAAGUGGACUUCAGCCUCCCAGCGUGCCAAAUGUCUACAUCUUCUCUGAGGUGGUGUUAGAUGCUUUUGCUAUGGCCAUUGUGGGUUAUGCAAUUUCUAUCUCUUUGGGCAAAACCUUCGCUCUAAAACAUGGUUACAAAGUGGAAAGCAACCAGGAGCUGGUGGCUUUAGGUCUCAGUAAUACAGUUGGAGGUUUUUUCCAGUGUUUUUCAGUUUGUUCUUCUAUGUCUCGCAGUCUCAUACAGGAGAGCACAGGAGGAAAGACACAGAUUGCAGGAGUAGUGUCUGGAGUUAUAGUACUGGUGACAGUACUAAAGUUAGGCUCACUUUUUCAAGAGCUGCCCAAGGCAGUUCUUUCCGCUAUUGUAUUUGUGAAUCUGAAGGGAAUGUUCAAGCAGUACUAUGACAUAGUCACAUUGUGGCGUAGUAACAAGAUUGAUCUGUUGAUAUGGUUGGUGACGUUUGUGUCCACUGUGCUUUUUAAUUUGGAUAUGGGUCUGGGAGCCUCUAUGGGUUUCGCUCUGCUCACUGUUAUUUUCAGGACUCAACGGCCCAGUUACUCACUGCUGGGACAUCUGCCCGGCACUGAGCUCUAUCUAGAUAUGGAGACACACAAAGAGGUGAGGGAGGUACCUGGUAUCACCAUAUUUCGCUCUUCUGCCACCAUGUACUUUGCUAAUGCUGAACUUUAUCUUGAGGCCCUUAAAAAAAAGAGUGGCCUGGAUAUCGGGAAGAUGCUCACUUACAAGCGCAGACAGGAGGCCAAGCAGAAACGCAGAGAGAGGAGAGCAGAGCGAAGAGCCCGAAGAGAAGCUAAAAGACAGAAAAAAGCUUUCAGAGAAGCCUCUCAGCGAUCCAAACAUGCUGUAUUCUCAGUGGAAGAGGAGGCAGGGCAGUUGAGUGAUAUGAAUGGAGACUUACACAGAGAGGCAGAGAUAGGUUGGAAAGAGCGGGAAAACAAUACAGUGUUCGUAAUACCUGAGACAGCACGGACAUCUGAUGGCCAGCACACCUGGAUGUACCUUAAAGGCACUGACCCUGACACAGCCACCCUGGGAUCAGUGUCCGAUCUGCAUGACGCCGAUGUUACCACCAUUGACUCCAGCAGUGAGGACACUUUAAGCCGAGACCUGGAGAGAGUCUCUCUGGGAUCUCUGGGCAAGUGGACAUGGGACAUUCAUUCCAUCAUCUUAGAUUUGUCCACCGCCAACUUUAUUGAUACCGUGGCCAUUAAGACAUUGAGGAAUAUAUUUCAUGAUUUUGGGGAGAUCGAUGUGCAUAUCUAUAUGGCAGGCUGUCAAGAAUUAGUGAUGAAACAGCUGGAGCGUGGCGGCUUCUUCUCUGAUGUCAUCACUGAGGCCUGUGUCUUUGCUACUGUACAUGAUGCAGUUCUGUAUUGUGUAAAGCAUCAUGGAGCUGCAACCAUCAACGGCCAUGAGAACGCUCUGGAUAUGAGUGGCACUCGGCUAUAAGAGAAGAUUUGUACUGCAUGCUCAUUUGCAGUGUAUUUAAGAUUCACACGACAAAAACUUUUCAUAGGAUAUCAAACAGCAUUUGACUCAACUGUUGACUGUAGCAAUGCAUCAGUGUUGGGGAAAAAAAUUAUAUAUAUAUAUAUAUAUAUAUAUAUAUAUAUAUAUAUAUAUAUAUAUAUAUAUAUAUAUAUAUACAUAUCUUAAGUCUAUCUUAAUCUUUAAAAUGAAAAAGCUAAAAUAACACUUUUACAUAUGUAAUGGAAAAAGAAAUAUAAUACUUCUUUUACCCAACACUGCAAAGCAUGUCUUACCUCUUGUUUUCCAGUAUGUCAUUGUCAUUUAAAUGUACUUAAAAUGUUUGUAUUUUAUUUUCUAUCCACUUGUUAACUCUGUCAUGACGCAAUGCAGCUUCCGGGUCCACUGUACAGGGAGCCUCAACAAAUGGUACUAAUAAAUGUUUACAAAGUGCUGUAA